CUACUCGCACUGUCCUGUUUUCAAUCUCCUCCCACCUAAGCCCGGGCGUCUUUGUAUACGUCUUCGGCACCCCUUUUGCUCUUACUGUUUAGCUCUGUUUUCGCGCUCGUCUUCCCCAUUAACAAAACAAUAUGAGAGAGUGCAUCUCAAUCCACAUUGGGCAGGCCGGUAUCCAAGUGGGUAAUGCUUGCUGGGAGCUCUACUGCCUUGAACACGGCAUUCAGCCUGAUGGACAAAUGCCGGGUGACAAGACAGUUGGCGGCGGAGACGAUGCCUUCAACACGUUUUUUAGCGAGACCGGAGCCGGAAAACACGUCCCCCGUGCUGUUUUCUUGGACCUCGAACCUACGGUCAUCGACGAGGUCAGGACUGGUACUUACCGCCAGCUCUUCCACCCCGAACAACUCAUCAGUGGGAAAGAGGACGCCGCCAAUAACUUUGCAAGAGGCCACUACACGAUUGGGAAAGAGAUAGUGGAUCUGUGCCUUGAUAGGAUCAGGAAGCUCGCUGACAAUUGUACUGGGCUUCAGGGGUUUCUGGUUUUCCAUGCGGUCGGUGGAGGGACAGGCUCCGGGCUUGGUUCUCUGCUUCUGGAAAGGCUCUCAGUGGACUACGGCAAGAAAUCCAAGCUCGGAUUCACCGUCUACCCGUCCCCUCAGGUCUCCACAUCCGUCGUUGAGCCAUACAACAGUGUGUUGUCCACUCACUCACUUCUAGAGCACACCGAUGUGGCUGUCCUCCUCGACAACGAAGCCAUUUACGAUAUUUGCCGCAGAUCGCUGGACAUUGAAAGACCCACUUACACCAAUCUCAACAGGCUCGUUUCCCAGGUGAUUUCUUCUCUGACUGCGUCUCUGCGUUUUGAUGGUGCUCUGAACGUGGAUGUCACAGAGUUUCAGACUAACUUGGUUCCCUACCCGAGAAUACAUUUCAUGCUUUCUUCGUAUGCGCCGGUUAUUUCAGCCGAAAAGGCCUACCACGAGCAACUCUCCGUGGCCGAGAUCACAAACAGUGCCUUUGAGCCGUCGUCCAUGAUGGCAAAAUGCGACCCUCGCCACGGCAAGUACAUGGCCUGCUGUUUGAUGUAUAGGGGUGACGUGGUGCCUAAGGAUGUGAACGCAGCGGUGGCGACAAUCAAGACCAAGAGGACGAUUCAAUUCGUGGACUGGUGUCCAACUGGGUUCAAGUGUGGAAUCAAUUACCAGCCACCAACAGUGGUUCCUGGGGGUGACUUGGCUAAGGUUCAGAGGGCUGUUUGCAUGAUCUCUAACUCGACGAGCGUUGCGGAGGUGUUCUCUAGGAUUGAUCAUAAGUUUGAUUUGAUGUAUGCGAAGAGGGCUUUUGUGCAUUGGUACGUCGGUGAAGGUAUGGAGGAAGGAGAGUUUUCGGAGGCGAGGGAGGAUUUGGCUGCGCUGGAGAAGGACUAUGAGGAAGUUGGAGCAGAGUCUGCAGAAGGAGAGGAUGAUGAAGGCGAUGAGUAUUAGGCUGUGCUGUAGUUGGUGUCUACCAAUGGACUCAUUGGUUUUUUUAACUUGGAUGGAAGUAACUUUUCUUUUAUUGUAUGUCGCCCCACCAAUUUGCCAUUUUGUUCAAUGAACUCUAUCUUUUGCUCAA